AUGGAGCCGUUCAAAGCGCUCCAAGACACUGUUUCUGCUGCGCUUGUCUCCACAACACGCGCCGCAACCCAGCUUAGCAAAACCGACAUAUCGUUCCAACGCUCACUGGACACAAAGGUUGCUGUUUCAUUGGAUGCCCAGAAUGCGCGGCUUCUUAAACUCGCGCAACGGCUUUUGGAGAAUGCUGCAGCGAGCCCGGACGCUGUAGGUUCAAAGCUUCCUGAUACCGAAGCCAUAGACGGCAAUUGGAAGGGGAUUGUUGAUAUUAUCGACAGUUUACUUGAAAAGGCCGAUACGAGUCUCGACGAAUAUACAGGCGUAGUGAAGCGUUUGAGUCCUUCGGUGGAUCAUGUUACCAACAUCGCAACGCCGCGCAAUACGAAAGUGCCGAAAGUCACCCAGAAGCCUCAACUAUCAUUCGAACAUGUUCCCCAAAACAACGAAUCUGGUGGCUUCCGUCCAUUGAUGACGUACAAGCCUCAUGCCCAAACACCAUUCGCCGAGUCUCUGCGGACCUUUAGAGACACGAAUAAUAGAGAACAAUAUCCUCACCCCUAUCAGACCGAGAUCGAGGCUUACGACUAUCCAAUGUCGGUAUACAAGAAAUCUGAUCCCAAAUUGUUUCCUCCUUUCGAGUCCACGACUGCCACAUUUGUAGACACACCCGAGGCUCUGGCAAUGAUGUUGGAAGAACUCAAGAAGGCCAAGGAAAUUGCUAUUGAUCUGGAACAUCAUGACAAUCGCUCUUAUAUUGGUCUGGUCUCAUUAAUGCAAAUUAGUACGCGGGAACAGGACUGGAUCAUUGAUACCCUCCAACCUUGGAGGCGGAGAUUAGAGUGCCUAAAUGAAGUCUUUGCAGACCCUAGCAUUUUAAAGGUGCUACAUGGGGCCUACAUGGAUAUAAUCUGGCUUCAACGCGAUCUAGGCCUCUACAUUGUAGGGCUUUUCGAUACAUACCAUGCCGCGAGAUCUUUAGGGUAUCCCGGUGCUAGUCUGGCUUUUCUCCUUAACAAAUUCGUCAACUUCCAGGCCCAAAAGCAAUACCAGAUGGCAGACUGGCGCGUGCGCCCGCUUACAAGCGAACUAUUCGACUACGCUCGUGCCGAUACCCAUUUCCUCCUUUACGUGUUUGAUAACAUGCGGAACGAGCUACUCGAAAAGUCUGAUCUAACGGACCCUGAAAAGAACAAGGUGCUCCACGUCCUAGAGAAAUCCCGAGAGACAGCGCUCCAGAGAUACGAACAUCCAAUCUACGAUGCCGAGCUUGGCCUUGGCCCCGUAGGCUGGUAUCGAUUGAUCUCUCGAACGCCCGUUCAAUAUACCAAACAGCAAUUUUCCAUCUUCAGAGCGGUUCACAAAUGGAGGGAUGAAGUAGCACGUGAAGAAGACGAAAGUACGACAUUCAUUAUGCCGAACCAUGCAGUUUUCACAUUAGCCCGGGUUGUACCAAUGGACAAAGCUGCCUUGUUCAACGCCGUACAACAUGUCUCUCCAAUUCUGCGCAACCGAGCCGACGAGUUAAUAAAAGUUCUUACGGAGGCUGAACAUCUCGAGAAUGAUCAACCAGAGCUCGAGGAGACAUUGGAGAAAAUCCAUGCUAUACAAUUUCCAGAGUUGGAAAACCGACCCGCAGACUGCAAAGGCCGUGAAGCUACAAAGCCCACUGCAGAUCAACCCAUUCCAUCUACAAUCGAUCGAGCGGUCCCCCCACUUCGUGCACCGCAAUCCAAAUUCUGGGGUUCUUUGUGGUCUGGUGGAGUGUUAGAUCCUCAACGACCUUUCUCGAACAGCACCAUCAAUCUCGCCGUGCCUCUGCCGCCACUUACAGCUGAGAUAUAUUCAGAGGCAUCAGGUUCGAACGUUGAGCAAAUUGGUCCGGGCAUAGAAAAGGCAACAUAUAUGGACAAAGAUGCCAGGCCACCAGAAGAUCUACGGACAGAUAUCUUCAUUGUGAAACAGCUAGGGGGAAAGAGAAAAAGGACGAGUGCGGAAAAUGCCGACGACCAAAUACUUGAAACACCACUACGGGAAUCGUUCUUGAGCGACAGUGGUACGGAUGCGACGGAAGCGGAUCAGAUCAUGCUCAACGAGUAUCCGAGCAAUCUGAAGUUGCAAGACAAGAAGUCCAAGAAGCAAAAAAAGUCGUCAAAGAGGACCGCGAAGACCAAAAUUGAGGGCGAGAGCAGAUCACCAAAGGGGGACCCUGAUACCGAUGUCGCAUUUGACUACUCAACAGCCCCUUCUGUCCUCAAUGCCCGUACAGCCGACAAAGGGAGGGAAAAGAUUAAGCAAAGAAAGGAUAAGGAGAGAAAGAAUAGUGGCUUCAACCCGUAUGCUAAUUCAGCGGAUGCGCCCAAGGGACUAGGUCGAUCACAAAAAGAGGGUCCGGGAAGGAGUAAGACGUUCAGUAACUAA